CCAGCUUUAAAAGGCCGGAAGCCCCAGGCACGAGAUUCAUUCUUCUCUUAAUAUCACAGAGUAACUCUACCAUAAAUACAAAGUCAUCAAGAUAUCCAAUUCGCGGUAAAUACGCAACUACAGUACCGUCAAUAACAAACACAAACACUCAACCCCCAAAACUACCAACAAUGGCUCGCGGCGAGACUACCCAGACCAAGGUCCACUUCAAGGGAAGCAACGAUGACUUCGUCGUCUUCCUGGAGAGUGAGGAGCAAUACAACAAGUGGCAGAAGGACAGGAGCAUCCCUCUUGCACAGGUCGUCUCCGCCUUCAAGAUCUUCACAACAAACCGACAAGGUGCCCAGGGCCCUUAUAUGGGGGCAUCCCAGGCUGAUCUGGAGAACGAGUUCGGUACCCACGUGGACGAUGACGUGAUCAUACAGAUCCUGGAGAAGGGCAAUAUCCAGCAGUCUCAGUUCCCCGAACGCCAGGGUCACAAGAACGAGGCGCAACACGAGCGAGUCAUGAAUCACUAGAGGUCUUCAGCUAGUCGCCAGAUACGGCGUCGGGGCUCUUUGGCCGGGCCGGCUUCGGGCGGUGGUGCCGUUGAGAGGCGGGAGUGGGGCCAUGAAUGGAUGGGACGACGAGCAGUUUUGUUGGAAGGACCAACGGAGCGGUUCGGGUUC